UCCAAACCCCUCCUGGAGAGCUGGCGGUCAGCAGCGGACUGCAGAGAGAGAAGGGGAGUGUGUAAAAACGCGCUCGCACAGUUUUGUUUCGACGACAGGCGUGUGACACGUUCGCGGCACGUGCUCCACCUUUUAUGUCCUUCAUUUAUGUGCUACAUUUGAGCGCGGAGACACGUUUAGUAUCCGGCGCGGCUGCGGGGUUUCGGCCGAGCUGAGCGACCGUCGCUGUCCGGCAAGAGGAGCAGGAGGGACCAUGAGGAGGAGGACCGCCACCGUGUACCUCUUCUUGGGCAUUUUGCUGUCUGCUCUGGGUCUCUUGGGAGGAACUGGCUUUAUGUACCGCUUUCCAGGGGGGGCACUUCAGCGAGUGAGCGCUGAGCAGAGCGCGGCCCCCCCGGCCGGGACGGGAGGCACACACCACCGCAGCAGGAACUGGUGUCAGUACACGGUGUCAAAGACAGUGUCAUGUCAAGUGCACAACGGGACGGAGAAGCUGGUACAGAGGGUGUUUCAAAGCUGCCGCUGGCCUGGACCCUGUACCAACCUCAUCAGUUACAGGACGUUGGUCAGGCCCACCUAUCGUGUGACAUACCGCUUGGUGACAGCGCUGGAGUGGCGCUGCUGCCCAGGCUUCUUCGGAGAAGAUUGUAAAGAAGAGUGCAUGAACUGCACCGGCUAUGCAAACUUGAACGAAAGGCUGAAUACCAUUGAGUCCAAGAUUGUGUUGCUGGAGGAGGCUGGGUCAGCAACCACUGUGGUGAACAGUUUGCCUGAUGGAUCAACAGACAAUGAGGUGGGCACAGCCAAGCCCACACCCCUAGGACCACCAGCUAUAGGACUACCAGGUCCUAGAGGUCCUCCAGGGCCAGUCGGACCACCAGGCAUUCCAGGGUUGACUGGACCACCUGGUCCCCCAGGUGCAACAGGGCUCACAGGAAAACAAGGCCCUACAGGACCAAGAGGACCUCCAGGACAAAGAGGGCUCCCCGGGGAGGCUGGGCCACCUGGACCUCCAGGCCCACCCGGACCUGGUACCCCUUAUCCCCUGCGUGGCGAUGUUUUUGGCUUCAACAGCCAGGAGCUAAUUCAGGAUGAAGAGACUGCCCGCUUGCUACCUCAUCCUGGACAGACAGCCGUUCUGGGACCUCCUGGGCCUCCUGGACCCCCAGGUCCAGCCGGACCCCCAGGAUCUCCAGGGACCCCAGGGAGGACUGCUGAAAGAGGCCCCUUAGGCAAGCCUGGGGAUCCAGGGCCUAAAGGAGAUCCUGGAGAAAGGGGGCCUCCUGGAUUUGCUGGGGAGCGGGGCCUUCCAGGUGCACCAGGGCCCAAAGGUGAGCCAGGAGACACCCUGCCAGAGGGUGAAGGGGUACAGCAGCUGAGGGAGGCCCUGAAGAUUCUGGCAGAGAGGGUUCUGAUUCUGGAGCACAUGAUCGGCAUUCACGCAGAAAACCCAGUGGAGUCUGGUUCAGGACUAGACCUCUUCCUGGAUCCUGCACAAAUAUCAUCUGGCAAAACAAAAAGGGCAGGUCCCAGUGCUUACCUCUCCACUCUUCUCCAUGGAGACAACAACCUGAUUGGAAAAAGCAGGGAAAGGAUGGGCCACAAUUAGGAAAUUCUGGUAAUUGCCUUUCUGAAUGUGGGUAUGAGCACUUGUGACAGAGCUCUGACUGGAUAGAGUCUGGGCUCCACGUCAUUGAAACGCAUGAAGCAGUCUCUUCCAGCAAAGUUCAUUAAAGUGCUAAGAGGAAUGAGGGGCGGAUAUCUUGUGCUGGCAGAAUAUCAAUAUUUCCUUCAACAUAUUAUUUAUGAGUAUUACUGAUGUACAAUGUUUGCUUUAAUUUUAAUCGUAUUGUUUUCCUGGCAUUCGCAAUUAACUUUACUGCGAAUGUUCUUUGUCUCAUUUUGUGCAAUCAAGCCUCAAGUGGUGCUCAUUUUAUUUUCUACAGGACUUUAUGGUGAGUUUCUGCAAAUAUGUAUGUGUAGUUUUAAUUUGCUCAGAAAUCAUGUGCAUUCAGGUGAACAGUUCUGUAU